AUGGCGAAAGACAAAGAGCGCUCAAUGAACCCAGCCGCGGCGCAACGAAAACAAGACAAACAAAAAAGCCUAAAAAAGGGCAAAGCAGAAGCAUUAGCGCGACGAAACGAAAAGCUCGCACGGCGCAACCCAGACCGAAUCCAACGCCAAAUCAACGAACUCAAAGAAGCCGAAGAAUCAGGCCAGAAAUUACGACCGCGCGAUAAGGAGAUCCUCGAAGCUCUAGAGAAAGAUCUACGAGGCGUCUUGAAAGCGCGCGAAGCCCUCGGCGAAAAGGCGCCCCGAUUUAAUGACUACAGCCGGGGCGGACAGGAUGGUGGACGGGGAGGUCGAGAGGGUGUGCUGGGCAAGCGGAGACGCGGGUCUGAUGAGACGCGCAUGCCCGCUGAUGAUGAGAGCAGCGAUACAGACGAGGAUGUGAGGAGGAUACCUAUGCCGAGGGAUACACCGCCGCCUAUUCCGCGUCCGCAGCGGAAACGGGGUAGGGAGAAUGCGCCGGGCGAGGGUGGUGAGGGGCGUGGUCCUCAUGCGUUACCGUCUAGGCCGACGCCAGUUGCUGCGCCCAAGACGGUCUAUGAGGCUAAGCCUGAGAUCCGUGAUCUGCGACAGGAGGCGACGAGUAAAUUUAUUCCAGCUGCUGUUCGGAUGAAGCAGCAGUCUAUUAAGGGUCAGGGCAAAUUGCUAGAGCCUGAGGAAAUGGACCGGCUUGAGAAGGCUGGGUAUAAUGCUUCUGUUGGGCCUGUAACUCAAGCUCCAGCGCAGGAUCUGCGGAUGUCGUUGGAGGAGGAGGAACAGCGAUUUAAUAGGGAAUUGAAAACGGUGCAGAUGGAGGAAGUUGAGGAUGAGGAAUCUUGGGCUUAG